AUGUUUGGGACAGUUAUAACACCAAGGGAAAAUAGAUCAUCAGCAAAGAAAAGCAAUGCAAGCCCACCUGAACUCAAUAUUGCACUUAAAUCGAUGAGUAAUCUUCCUGAAACCUCUUUGAACUGGAGCAAUGUUGAACUUCCUGUUGAUAUUCUUUUAUUGACAGUGGAGGAAUGUGAGUUCUUAAGCUGCUUUGCCUACCUGAAGGAACCCUUUAGGAGUUAUCACACCAGUACUGGCUUUGUGUACUUUGAUCAAAGAAAGGAUUUGAAUAUCGCAUUGAUGAGGUGUGACAAAGGUCCUACUCAACCUUGGGGUACUUUGUCUGCUUCAAUGAAAGCCAUCUCGACACUGAAUCCCAAGGUUAUUUUUUCUGUUGGUGCCUGCAGUGGUUUGAAAAAGGUCAAGUUAGGAGAUGUUGUUGUUUCAGCAAAGCUGAUAACAGCUUCAUUCAAAACUCCCCUUAGCGGAGAUAUUGGUAAGCUGAUCCCACAUGUGGCUGCUGGGUGGAAGGCACCCGUAAAAAAUGCUAAUGAAUGUAAUGCAGAGUUGCACUCUGAUGGAGUGGUUCUGAGUGUCUCAGGGGCAAACAGAGAUAUAAUUGGACAACAUCCUGAGGCAAUUGCAGUAGAAAUGGAAGGCGGAGGUGAAGGUGAGAAUCGUAAUAAUUCAAGUAAUUGAUGAGCCAAGAAUGUUUGCACAUGUAGCAAGUGUUGUGGAAAACACUGCUCUGGUAUUGUCUCUGCAGGUCCAAGAAAUAGUAUAUACCAUAUCGCAUGCCAAAUUUGCAGGAAUUAUGUAUUGUGUAUUUAUAGUGAUUUUAUGUUUGGCUGGGGUAGGAAGAUUUUUUUGCAGGUGAAGGUGACUGAGAUUUCUUCUGGAUAGCUGAAUUGAAUGUGGUCCAUCAGGACGUCAUGUAAUCUGAAAAAUGUAGAAAGUAUCUUUUUAAAUAGGUUGAG